ACCUCUCUCCUUCUGAUUGGUUAUAAUGUGAAGUUGAUGCACGUACUCAAGCUUAGAUAAUAAUUUGCAUAUAGUUUGAAUAUCUUGUACAAAAUCAAUCCCUACACUAUUUUUGCAGAGAUUGCCUUCGCCAGGGCCUUCGCCAGGGUGUAUAAUUAAACGGAAACGCGCGAGCGGGAUGAACACGAUGAUCAAACGUAUCUUGCAGAUCACCCUUAUCUUUUAUCUGAUUGUGACUGCCUACACCUUGUAUGUACUCUUGUCUCCAGAUGGGAAGAAGAGUGUCCAUCAAGACCAGGGGAUUCUUGGUAACACUGAGGUCAAGAAGCCCAAACCAAAGCCUGUGAUACCAGAUCACCAAGACAUACUUGCAAAAGUACCCAUUCAAGCCAAGAAUAGUACCUAUUCAAUUGAAAUCUGGAGCAAAGUAGGCCUAGGCUCAUAUACUUGGGAGCAUAUAUUAAAUGGAAAGCUUGAAUCAAGACUUGAUGGUAUUUGGUUCUAUGGUGAACUUCAAAUGCACAACUUUAAGUUCAGAAUGCGUGAUGGAGAUGGGGUUCAACCAGACAAAGUCCCUAAGGACAUAGAGAAUGUUAUGCUUAUUUUAAAUGGGAGAGCUCCAGACAAAGUGGAAUACACACGAUACUGGCUUGACUAUCUUGGAUCAUAUUCACACCUUAGACGGGUAGUUUUGAUGCUGAUUGGUAAUGAGCAAUGCCAGAAUGAUUGGGUACUUCCUUACAUGAAGAGCAGGGGUGGACCUAUUGAUAGACUCUUCAUCGUUUACGAUACUCUCAUUGUCAAUGGUGAUGAUAUUAUGCAGUGGCCCCUUGGUGUAGCAACGUACAGGGGUUUUCCAAUGAUCGAAAUCAAUCAGCUUAAUCUACGUUCUCCAAGAAAAUAUAGAUGUAAUUUCAUUGGUACCAUGUACCCUAACUCAUCAAGGGAAGCACUGUUGAAAGUCAUCAAUGAAAAUAAUCUCCAGGAUUACUGCUACUUUAAGACAAGACAACAAUGGGAGCCUGAUGAAUCAGAAGCUAGUCUCCAAGCAUACAUCAAUGUAAUCCUUCAGAGUGAUCUCACCCUAAGUCCUGUUGGAAUGAAUGUUGAGUGCUACCGUAUCUAUGAGGCAUGUGCUCUAGGAUCCGUUCCUGUCGUAGAGGAUAUAACCACCAAGGGAGAUUGCAGCCCUAGUCCAUUAAGACUCUUGAAAAAACUUGGAGCACCUUUUAUUUUCAUCAAGGACUGGAAGGAGUUGCCAAGGAUCAUGGAGGCAGAGAUGAAGAUGUCAGUUGAUGAGAUCGUCGAUAGGAGAAGAAGACUUGUUGCUUGGUAUGAAACGUUUAAAUACAAGGUGAAAGAUAUCUUGCUCAGGAAAAUAGGAGAGGUAUUUGAAGAAGAUGCAUUGAGGUGAUGUCAUCUGUCUUUUAUGCCUUGUCACAGUGGUGAUUCUCUUGCAGAAGUAAGGGAAGUAGAAAUCAACUCCUUAACAUUUUUGUAAGCAGAAAUGUACAAAAAACACCAAAUCAAUAAAACCAGGUUAAUACUUAUAGUUUUAAGCUUUAAGGGAGAAUGAAACAGAAAGAUCAAAGAACAAGAACAAUGAAAGUUUGAGUAAAACUGGACAAGCAAUAAGAAAGUUGUAAGCAUUUGAAUGUCAAGAUUAUCCUCCCAUUUGCAAUGUGAGCAAGAACUAAGAUGUCACACAUGUGCAACUUUCCUCUUUUGACAAUUCUCUAAAAUAUCUUUUUUUUUUGUCAUUCUAAUGAUAUGACGAACAACUCAUCCAUGAUACAAUGUUUUGAAACCUCUAUUACUUUAUUGUCCUCUCAUAAAAAAGAGCACUUGAUCGUGUGAGAGACCAGAUGAAAGAAAUAAUUUAAAUGAAAUAUUUAUCAAAGUAUUGGGGAAGUUGUACAUUGUGACAUCACAGAUAUUGGUUGCAUUGCAAAUGGUAGUGAUGAUAGUGAUUUUUUUUAUACCUGAUUGCUAAUAAAGCAUGAAUGCUUGUAAGCAAGCAACCAGAGGACCGACGGUUUAAGGUCCUCUCCGAAGGAGGAUCUAGGUUACAGAGCAUAAGUGAUCAAAACUUUCAUUGAUCUGAUUUCAUUGAUCUGAUUCUUUGAUUUUUCUCUUCUAUGUGAAUUCAUCUGGUUUGAAGGGUUUAUUCUCCUUUAAAACGAGAUCUUGAAAUCCAAGCAAAUUUUUGAUUGGCGAUGUUUUCAAUACUCUUCCCCAAUUGUUGUGUAAUUCUUUUUUUUAAUUUCUUAUUCCUAAAGUUCUCACAUUUGGGCAUGACUCUGAAUAUAUCAUGUAACAUGUAGCCCAGUCAUUUUAGCACAAAAUUUGGUCAAACUUGGAACAAAUUGCAACAGACUUUUUUUUCACCACAAUGCAUUUCUGUGAGGUCCCUAGUACAACAUACUAAAAGUCCCAAACUAUCCGAAUAGGGGAAAUGCAUCUAAUUUGCAUAAUUCCAAGAUGGCUGCCAAAAUUAAUUGAUAUGCCUUAUUCUUGAUAUUUUUUCAUAUUUUUUUGCACAGGCAAUGGGUAAAUCUUAAAUGAAUACGCAUUUCACUAUGAUUAAGAUAUUAGAAAUCGAUUGCUGGAUUGUCCGGUUGAUAUUUUUUGAAAAAAUGUGAGAAUUUAUGCAAAAAUUUCCAUAUUUUUGGUCAAAAAUUUGCAUGUGCAUUGAUAUCUUUCUGUUGUAUCAUUAACAUCAACAACUAAUGCAAAAUAUCAGCAUUCGACACGAAAGGGGAUAUAUUAACAAAAAUAUUGAUAUGCUUCAUGACAGUAUUAACCAAAGUGUUAAUGUCUUAACUUUCUUAGAUAAAAGGCAAAUGCCUCCGAAUGUACUAUUAAUCGAUAUUGCGAUAAAAUAAUACCAAAAACCAA